AUGUUCACUAGAAAUCCAAAAUGUUCUUCCAAUUCCGAAUCAUUUUUCGCUUCAUCUCAAUAUCCAAUUAUUUUCACUCAUACAGUUACAAUAAUCUCAAUCCCUGUUGGAAUUUAUGCACUUUAUUGUUUGAUUUAUGUGACACCAAAUAAUAUGAAAAGCGCCAAAAAUCAUUUACUCAACAUUCAUUUUUGGUAAGUGAAUUCUAUGAUCUUUCGAAAACAAUUUUGUUUAAAGGACCAUGGGUUUCGAUCUAAUUUUCAAUGUUCUUAUCGUACCUAUAGGAUUUUUUCCAUCCGCAUCAAUGGCAACUUUGGGUUUUGGUUAUGAGAUUGGAAUUCCACCAAGAUUUAAUUUAUAUUUAAUUCAAUCGAUUGUUUGUGGUGAGAUUUUUGUAUUUUUUCAAAUUUACAAGUGUUUUACAGUGAUAGGGGUAACUAUAGUUGGAUUGUUUGAAAAUCGGUUUUCACUAAUCCAUACGAAUCCCUAUCGAAUAGAAAGGAAAUGUAUACGAUAUUCAAUAUUUAUUCUAAAUUAUACACUUGGCUUCACAGCAAAUAUUCCGCCCUAUUUCCAAUCUCCAAACCUAGAUUCAAUUCGACUGGAUUUCUUGCGAUCAUUUCCCUGUCCACCCAAAGAAUUCUUUUCUGAUAAGUUCACAGUCAUCACUGAUGAUCCAGGUUAUGUGACUAUAUUUAUGUGUAUUCAAUGUAUCAUUAUUAUUCCACAAGCUUUGUUUUUUUCAUUGUACACAGCUUAUAUUUUAGUCUUGAAACCUAAUCAUUCAGUAUCUGCAGCAACUCGUAAAAUGCAAAUCACAUUUCUAAUCGCAUUUGUGUUACAGUUCACAAUUCCAGCGUUGCUGUUAUGCUUUCCCGUUUUUUAUGUUUGGUUUUCCGUUUGGGCAAACUAUUAUAACAUGGGUUUGAAUUCAAAAAAUCCCUUAUCAUCAGCGGAAUGAGCUAUUUUUCCAGAAUACAACAAUCAUUUGGUAAUAUUGAUCGGUCUACACGGCUUCUUAUCAACAUUAUGUGUCAUACUAAUUCACAAACCCUACCGUAUUCAUUUAUUUUCAUUUUUCAAACCUCGACCAAAAUCAACAUUGCAAGUCAGUGGGAUAAAUUCUAUUAGAAAUUUGAUCUGA